UAUGAAAAACCAUGAAAAGUCCAAAAAGCACCGAGAGAUGGUGGUGUUGCUACGGCAACAGCUGGAAGAAGAGGAGGACUCGCUUGGUUUGAGCGUGGAUGGAAAGAAUGGGGAGAAUGUACAUGAAGGGCUGGAGGAUGAUGAAGAAGAGGAGGAUGAAGAAAAGCCAAGGCAAAAGUUGUCCAAAAAGCAAAAAAGAAAAAAGAAGCAGCAAAAAGUAGCACAACAAAGUGUUGCUGAGGAGGAGGAGGACAAACCAACACAAACCACCUGCGACGAAGACCAUCUUCAUGAAAAAUCUGAAGACCCCACAGGGCCCGAGAAUCAGGAGGACGUUCCUCCUGCAGAAGUCAAAGG